GUCGGAAGUUGCUUUAGCAGAGCCUAGCCGGCCGGCCCGACCGGCCUAGGUCUUCCGCGGGCGUCCUAGGAGAAACAUUGACGAGUAGAGGUACUGACCGCCUGAGGACGGACGGAAGGCUGGCCGGGGCAGUGAAAGCGCAGACCCUAUGGCGCGGGUCGCGUGAGGCAGAAGGCCGAGUGCGGCCGUCGGCGGCGCGCCCGCCCCAGCGAUGCGGGCCCCGCCCGUCGCCUCAGGUGCUGUUUGGAUAGUACUUUAGUGGCACAAUGUACUCGGAGUGGAGAUCACUGCAUUUGGUGAUUCAGAAUGAUCAAGGCCAUACCAGUGUGCUGCAUAGCUAUCCAGAGAGUGUUGGGCGAGAAGUAGCAAAUGCAGUGGUCCGUCCUCUUGGGCAGGCGUUAGGUACCACUUCAGUGGCUGGUAAUGAGAGUUUGUUAAAAACUGACAAAGAAGUAAAAUGGACAAUGGAAGUAAUUUGCUAUGGACUGACCCUUCCUUUGGAUGGAGAAACUGUAAAAUAUUGUGUUGAUGUAUAUACAGACUGGAUUAUGGCUUUAGUGUUGCCGAAAGAUUCUAUCCCAUUGCCAGUUAUUAAAGAACCUAAUCUUUAUGUUCAAAGUAUACUAAAACACUUGCAGAAUCUUUUUGUACCAAGACAGGAACAGGGCUCCAGCCAGAUCCGACUGUGCUUACAGGUCCUGCGAGCCAUUCAAAAACUGGCCCGUGAGUCAUCCAUCAUGGCCCGAGAAACCUGGGAAGUCUUACUAUUGUUUCUUCUGCAGAUUAAUGAUAUACUUCUGGCCCCACCAACUGUUCAAGGUGGCAUUGCUGAGAAUCUAGCAGAGAAAUUGAUUGGCGUUCUUUUUGAAGUUUGGUUACUAGCUUGCACUCGGUGCUUCCCAACACCUCCUUAUUGGAAGACAGCCAAAGAGAUGGUGGCUAACUGGAGGCACCACCCAGCAGUGGUGGAGCAGUGGAGCAAAGUCAUCUGUGCACUCACUUCCAGAUUACUACGCUUUACAUAUGGUCCUUCAUUUCCUCCAUUUAAAGUUCCUGAUGAAGAUGCCAGUCUAAUCCCUCCGGAAAUGGAUAAUGAGUGUGUUGCACAGACAUGGUUUCGAUUUUUACAUAUGUUAAGUAAUCCCGUGGAUUUGAGUAAUCCAGCCAUUAUAAGCUCUACUCCCAAAUUUCAGGAACAGUUCUUAAAUGUGAGCGGAAUGCCUCAAGAAUUGAAUCAGUAUCCCUGCCUUAAACAUCUGCCUCAAAUAUUUUUUCGUGCCAUGCGUGGAAUCAGCUGUCUAGUGGAUGCAUUUUUAGGUAUUUCUAGACCCAGGUCAGACAGUGCUCCCCCAACACCUGUGAAUAGAUUAAGUAUGCCUCAAAGUACUGCAGUCAGUACUACCCCACCACAUAACCGGAGGCACCGGGCUGUUACUAUGAAUAAGGCCACCAUGAAGACAAGCACAGUUAGUACUGUUCAUGCCUCAAAAGUCCAGCAUCAGAGCUCCUCAACCUCUCCUCUGUCGAGUCCAAAUCAGACUAGUUCAGAACCACGGCCACUUCCUGCCCCUCGGAGACCAAAGGUUAACAGCAUCUUGAAUCUCUUUGGAUCAUGGUUAUUUGAUGCAGCAUUUGUUCACUGUAAACUUCAUAAUGGGAUAAACAGAGACAGCAGCAUGACUGCAUCUUUUAUCCAAAUUCUUCUUUCUUAUAAAUCUUCCAUUACAACUCAAGCUAGCAUGGAGUUUCGACGGAAAGGGUCACAAAUGUCCACAGACACCAUGGUUUCCAACCCUAUGUUUGAUGCAAGUGAAUUUCCUGAUAACUAUGAAGCAGGAAGAGCUGAGGCUUGUGGGACACUGUGUAGGAUUUUUUGUAGCAAGAAGACUGGAGAAGAGAUACUGCCAGCUUAUUUAUCCAGAUUUUACAUGCUUUUAAUUCAAGGUUUGCAGAUAAAUGAUUAUGUGUGCCAUCCUGUCUUGGCCAGCGUUAUUCUAAACUCCCCUCCUUUGUUCUGCUGUGACUUGAAAGGGAUUGAUGUUGUGGUUCCUUACUUUAUUUCAGCUCUUGAAACCAUUUUGCCUGACAGAGAACUCUCAAAAUUCAAAAGCUAUGUAAAUCCAACAGAAUUAAGAAGAUCCUCCAUUAAUAUCCUACUUUCUUUGUUGCCCCUCCCUCAUCAUUUUGGCACAGUCAAAUCUGAGGUGGUCCUGGAAGGAAAGUUUAGUAAUGAUGACAGCUCUUCUUAUGAUAAACCAAUAACUUUUUUGUCCCUGAAGUUGAGACUUGUGAAUAUACUAAUAGGUGCCUUGCAAACAGAAACGGAUCCCAACAACACCCAAAUGAUACUAGGGGCAAUGUUAAAUAUUGUUCAAGAUUCUGCACUUUUAGAAGCCAUUGGUUGCCAAAUGGAGAUGGGUGGUGGAGAAAGUAACCUGAAGAGUCAUAGUCGCACUAAUAGUGGUAUUAGUUCAGCAAGUGGUGGAAGUACAGAGCCCACAACUCCUGAUAGUGAAAGACCUGCUCAAGCUCUCCUAAGGGAUUAUGCUCUUAAUACAGAUUCAGCUGCUGGGCUCCUGAUUCGCAGCAUUCAUCUUGUCACUCAAAGACUCAACUCCCAGUGGCGGCAAGACAUGAGCAUAUCACUGGCAGCCCUAGAGCUCCUGUCUGGCCUGGCAAAGGUGAAGGUGAUGGUUGACUCAGGAGACCAGAAGCGAGCCAUCAGUUCUGUGUGCAGCUACAUUGUGUACCAGUGCAGCCGGCCAGCUCCUCUUCACUCCCGGGAUCUGCACUCCAUGAUAGUGGCAGCUUUUCAGUGUCUUUGUGUCUGGUUGACAGAGCACCCGGAUAUGCUUGAUGAAAAGGACUGCCUUAAAGAAGUACUGGAGAUUGUAGAACUGGGUAUCUCAGGAAGUAAGUCCAAAAAUAGUGAUCAAGAGGUCAAAUACAAAGGAGAUAAGGAGCCAAACCCUGCAUCUAUGAGGGUGAAGGAUGCUGCUGAAGCCACCCUAACAUGUAUUAUGCAGUUGCUUGGUGCAUUUCCUUCACCCAGUGGUCCAGCCUCUCCUUGUAGUCUGGUGAAUGAGACCACUCUUAUCAAAUACUCCGGGCUGCCAACCAUAAACAAGCAUAGUUUCCGAUACUUUGUCUUGGAUAACAGUGUCAUCCUGGCCAUGCUGGAGCAACCCCUUGGAAAUGAACAGAAUGAUUUUUUCCCCUCAGUCACUGUUCUGGUCCGGGGAAUGUCUGGAAGACUUGCUUGGGCACAACAACUUUGCCUUUUACCCAGAGGAGCAAAAGCAAAUCAGAAGCUUUUUGUGCCUGAACCUCGUCCAGUUCCUAAAAAUGAUGUUGGAUUUAAAUAUACUGUGAAACAUCGGCCAUUUCCUGAAGAGGUGGACAAGAUUCCUUUUGUGAAAGCCGAUCUGAGCAUUCCAGAUUUGCAUGAAAUUGUCACUGAAGAAUUAGAAGAGAGACAUGAAAAAUUAAGGAGCGGCAUGGCUCAGCAGAUUGCUUAUGAAAUACACCUUGAGCAGCAGAGUGAAGGGGAAUUGCAAAAGAGAAGCUUUCCUGACCCCAUUACAGAUUGCAAACCCCCACCCCCUGCCCAGGAAUUCCAAACAGCCCGCCUCUUUCUCUCACACUUUGGAUUUUUGUCCUUAGAAGCAUUGAAGGAACCUGCAAAUAGUCGUCUACCUCCUCAUCUUAUUGCACUUGAUCCCACGAUACCUGGGUUUUUUGAUGACAUUGGUUAUCUGGAUCUCUUGCCAUGUCGUCCUUUUGACACAGUUUUUAUUUUCUAUAUGAAGCCAGGUCAGAAAACAAACCAAGAGCAACAGCUCUUUGCCUUCCUGCCAGUGCUGUGGUCUGCCACCCUAAUUGGAUCAGCCCAUUUGACCACUGAUUCAUUGGAAAGUAACAUCUCAGACCAAGAUAGUGACUCAAACAUGGAUCUUAUGCCAGGAAUUCUGAAACAGCCAUCCUUGACACUUGAGCUUUUCCCCAAUCACACAGACAAUCUUAAUUCUUCACAGAGGCUCAGUCCGAGUUCAAGAAUGAAGAAGCUGCCUCAAGGUCGUCCCGUGCCUCCCCUUGGACCUGAGACAAGAGUAUCUGUAGUCUGGGUGGAACGCUAUGAUGAUAUAGAAAACUUUCCCCUUUCAGAUCUAAUGACAGAGAUCAGUACUGGCGUGGAAACGACUGCAAACAGUAGUACUUCUCUGAGAUCUACAACACUUGAAAAAGAAGUUCCAGUCAUAUUUAUCCACCCUUUACACACUGGAUUAUUCCGGAUAAAAAUUCAAGGAGCCACUGGAAAAUUUAAUAUGGUCAUCCCUCUUGUAGAUGGGAUGAUAGUCAGCCGGCGAGCACUUGGCUUUCUGGUGAGGCAGACUGUAAUAAACAUUUGUAGAAGAAAGAGACUGGAGAGCGACUCCUACAGUCCACCACAUGUCCGUCGGAAACAGAAAAUAACUGACAUUGUCAACAAAUACCGGAACAAGCAGUUGGAGCCAGAAUUUUAUACUUCACUUUUCCAGGAGGCUGGACUCAAGAGCUGCAGUUCUUAGACCACUGUCUAGAACAGUUGAACUCCACAGUGUGGUCUGUAAUAGCAAAGCAAGACAGUUUGACAGGUGAUCACUGUAAAAAUAAAAACAAAUCACUCCUGAAGAGCUUAUUGUUUAAUCACCAAAAGAGAAAAAUAUGUUGUAAACCCACUGGAUAGACAGAGGACUGUCAGCUUUCUAGUAAAAUGGGCUCCCAGAUACAAUCAUACUCCUGCUGGUGAUGGUGAUAAACAUUUUAGCCAUAAACUUUUCAAAUGAGUUUUAGUUCAAUAUAAGCCUUAUGAGGAGAAAGGCUAUUAUGCAUCUCAGUCAAACACAUAUG